UAAUAGCAUUUGUUUCUCAUUUUUUCGCAUUUACCUUCUAUCUUGAGUAAAUUGUGUUCUAUCGCGUUACAUAAACCUUUAUUUUCCCAUAGUGACAAUUUUAAUGACAAUCUAUAUGAAACACGAAAAGCAUCAAGAAGAGAGGAUGAUGAUGAAGAUAAAAAGAGAUUUAAUCAAACACUUUGUCUCAAUCCAUUUAUUGUUUUGUUUUAGACUUUUAUUCAUCUUUGGAAUGGUGAGUUUCCUUCGCCUUGGAUCGAUAAUCUAGGCGCAAGACAAAUCAAACAGUAUCAUCAUCAUCUCUUUUAAUGGAUCAAUGUAACAAAAGGAAUCUUUACCAUAACAUCAUAAUUCUUAUGUACAGACAACUUAUUACAAUCAAAGCCUUUUCAACAAGACAAUUUUUCUUUUGCUUUUAUAAUGAUCUAGAUUAUCAAAAAAAGCCUCAUAACUAUGAGAUUUUAUAUUUUGUCUGAAGUUUCGUUUUCGUCUCCUUGGUUCAUUCCCUGUUGAAAUAGCUUCUAAUUGAUGUAAUCAUAUGAUGAUGAACAGUGUAAAAAUGUAAUAACAAUUUUUAAAUAAUUUAACAUCACUUGACCAGUUUUGUUAGUGAUCCAAACCGUUUUCAACGCUAACCCAAGUUAUCCUUGAUUUAACCGAAGAAGGCCAUUAGUUUGAUUAUGAUUCCAUCAAUGAUUCCAGUUUAAACACAACUUAAUCAGCGACUAAUACACCAGCUUUACAAUUAAAUCAGUGUCCAAUCUCCGACAAUGUUUAAACAGGUAGUCUUGUCUACAACAAGACCUAAAACUCCUUCAUUUUACUCAACCUCAACACCACCAAGAGAUGAUUCCUCAGUCAAUGAUUCAGGCUCCAGUGAUUUAACUUCGGGUGGUGGAAGAGGUGGCAGUGUUAGUCACGGUGGUGAAAAUAUGAGACACAAUUGUGCUUCAAUCAAACAGUAUUUGGGUCGAUCAUUAAGCUGGGAUAUUGUUAUUGAAGGUGAAACAGCAGAGAGUCGUUACAAGGAAAUAAGACGUCGAUCAAAAAGUGCAAAGACAAAAAAAUCAUUGAAAGGUGUGAAUGGUGAUAAUUACGAGGAUAACAUUUGUGAAUCAAAUGUUGAUAUAUCAGGUUCACGAAUAUCGGAAGAGCGAAGUUCACAAGAGGCCUCAUCAAGUACAGGUGAAGAUUUGAAAGAGAAUCAAUUGUCUGCUCGUGGAUCAUUAAACAUUGAAGAUAUCGUGGAUAAUUAUAGUUCAAACGUUAAAGAUGAAAGUAAUAUUGAUUUUCAAUCAAAUAUCAACAAUGUCAAUAGUAACAGUAACAGUUUAACUGCUAAAUGGUCAUCACGCCAUUAUCCAAGUAAACAUCAGCGAACCAAAGUAUCACCCAUCACAGAUGAUCAUGUAAACAAAAUAAACAUUGAAAAUGUUAAUAAUUGUGUUACUCCGUGUGAAUAUGAGAGUUAUUUUAAUACAAAUGGUAUUUACCAGCGAAUCCAUUCCCUGGUUUCAGCAUUUAGACAACGUGCUCAAACAAUAAAGAAUCGUAUAACUCGUCCAUUACCAUUACCACCAACUCCUAGUGAAUCUCCAAUUGAUAUAAUCAUAACGCCUAGGGAGUCACCACAGCCCAAAGGUUCAUUUAGAUUUGAUUCAAAUGAUGACUUUAAUCCGGAUGAUCACCAUGAUACAGAAUCACUGGAACCUGUUAAAACAUUUGGCCAAGAGUUGUAUUACCGUUGGUCAAGGCAAUCUUUAGGUGUUAUUGAUCCUCAAAGUUAUUUUUACAUAGCUUGGCUAUUGAUUGUUGUUAUUGUUUACCUAUACAAUUGUUGGAUUAUAUUUUUAAGAUCAACUUUUCCCUACCAAACAGAUACCAAUCUGACUACCUGGUUAACAUUAGAUUAUUUAGCUGAUGCUGUCUAUUUGCUGGACAUUGUUUUCUUCAAGAAUAGGUUAACUUUCGUUGAACGAGGCCAGAUAAUUAAAGAUUUAACCCGCUGUCGUCGCCAUUAUUUAUCAACUUUAACCUUUAAAUUGGAUAUUGUCUCUUUGGCUCCAUUUGAUCUUCUUUACCUUCUUUUUGGUUGUAAGCCAAUUUUCCGACUUCCAAGGCUUCUCAAAUUUGAAACAUUUUGUACAUUUUUUGACACCAUUGAUGCCAUAGCCAAGUGGCCUUACUUUUUCCGUGUUACUCGAACUUUAAUCUAUAUGAUGUUUCUCAUUCAUCUUAAUGCUUGCGCCUAUUAUUAUGUCUCAUAUCUGGAAGGAUUUAAUGCAAAUGAUUGGGUUUACCGGAAUGAAGGCAAUGCUUACAUUCGGUGUUUUUAUUUCGCUAUACGAACAGCAACCUCAAUCAGCGGGAAAAUGCCCAAGCCAACAAAUACAACUGAAUAUUUGUUUAUGACUAUUUCAUGGUUACUGGGUAUUUUUGUCUUUGCCUUUCUCAUUGGACAGAUACGUGACAUUGUGGCCACAGCGACUCAAAAUAAAGCCUCUUUUAGACAAUUGUUGGAUUCCAUCGUAAGGUACAUGGAAACACUUCAUCUUCCUUGUGACUUGCAAACUCGAGUUCGUCUUUGGGUAACCCACACUUGGGAGCAACAGAAACUUUUUGACGAAUCUUCAGUCCUUUAUUCAAUUCCAACCAAAAUUCGAACGGAUCUUGCAAUGGACAUUCACUAUAGUAUGUUAAGACAGGUUGAUCUUUUCCAAGGAUGUGAAAGAACCAUUUUACGUGACAUCGUGGUUAAGUUGAAACACGUCCUUUUCCUGCCCGGUGACUAUGUUUGUCGAAAGGGUGAAAUUGGUAAUGAAAUGUACAUUGUAACCAAAGGAACGGUUCAAGUGUUGCGGGACGAUGCGACUGAAUCUGUAAUAUGUUCAUUCGGUCCUGGAAGUGUUUUCGGUGAAGUCUCUGUCCUUGGUAUUCCUGGUUGUUCACGCCGAACCGCAUCUGUAAGAUCGGUUGGUUUCUCCAAUUUAUUCAAACUAACAAAAGCUGAUCUUUGGGAUACUCUGCGAAACUAUCCAGAAGCUCAAACAAUACUGUUGAACAAGGCAAAACAAGUGAUGAGGGAACGAGCACUUAGAGAAAGACUCGUUUCACCAGAUACUUCGGUUGAUGCAGAGGCCAUCAUCAAGACAACUGAACGAACACCAACUCCUAAGCUUUUUAAAAUGGUUAUGGAAGUGAUUCCUCCCGAGUCUGCUUGUCAUCAGAUACUUAAUAGAAGUCGCUCCAUGUUUGAUCGAAGUGAAUCUCCUGUUUCUAAACCAAUCGGUUCAUCGUCGGGAUUGAAGUAUUUACCUUCUUGCAAGGUUAAUCAGUCAAGUCGAUCUUCCAGUAGUUCACCAAGUUUAUCAGCAACCAACACUGAAAUGCCCAUCAACGAGGAUUAUGAUGAGACAAUCAAAAACAAUCAGCAAGAUGAAUGUGAAACUCAUAAAGAUGAGAUUACACAGUGAGGGUAAUCUUUCAUGCAACAUCAGACGAUGAAAGAAAAUCAAUGCACAAAUGAUUGAAAACAAUUAAAACAAACUCAAAUAGGAUUUAUUUCAAUUUAUUCAAGUCUAUGAAUCUUUUUAAUUGUAUCUAAGGUGUAAAAACAUGAGUUUUGAAGAAAACAAAUGAGCUGUAAUUUGAAUAAAUUUAAUUCAGUUUUGCA